AUGAGACGUGUAGAAGAAAAGCUAGAGAAAUUCUGGACAAUUGGAAAGAAUGGAGUUCGCCAAAAAACGAACAAUUUAACCAGAAGUUCUGCAACACAGAAUAUUAGAAAUCACUCUCAAGAUGGAAACAGUGAAGAAGUUGUGAUUCUUGAAAACAAAGUGAUCAUUGAUGAAAAUGUACAAGAGCAAUCUGAAACAUCAUCUAUCAAAGAAGCUGAGGUAUAUUAA